AUGGCAGGGCUCCAGAUCUGCUCUGUUCUGGUGACUGGGGCCAACCGGGGACUCGGCCUGGGGUUUGUCCAGCAUUUCCUGAGGAUGCCAAACCCACCACAGUGGAUCUUUGCCACCUGUCGGGACCCCAAGGGACAGAGAGCACAGGAGUUACAGAAUUUGGCCUCCAAGCACCCCAACGUCAUCAUCAUCCCGCUCGAAGUCGCUGACCCCACCAGCAUCAAGGCAGCUGCAGCCAAGGUUGGGGAGCACCUGGGGGGCUCCGGGCUGAACCUCCUCAUCAACAAUGCUGGAAUUGCAAAGCCAAACUCCCUUGAUAAUGAGACACCGGAGAAUAUGAUCCAGAUUUACACCACCAACACGGUUGGACCCCUGCUGAUGGGCCAGGCAUUUCUGCCCUUGCUGAAGAAGGCUGCCCAGGGGAGCCCAGGCUCAGGGCUGAGCUGCAGCAAGGCUGCCAUCGUCAACAUGUCCAGCUAUGCAGGCUCCAUUGAGGAUAUGUAUGUGUGGGAUUUUGGACAAAUUGUCUCCUACCGCUGCAGCAAGGCUGCUCUGAACAUGCUGAGCAGGUGCCAGUCCCUGGCGUACAAGGAGCACGGCAUCCUCUGCGUCGCUCUCCACCCCGGCUGGGUGCAAACUGACAUGGGGAGCAGAGGAUCAUAUAAGCCUCCCCUGACAGUGGAUAACAGCGUGCAAGGGAUGCUGAAGGUGCUGUCCUCCAUCUCUGAGAAGGAGACUGGUGCCUUUCUGGACUGGGAAGGGAAGGUCGUGCCCUGGUGAGAUGCUGAUUCAGGAUUCUGACUGUGAGGACCUCUGCUGCUGCACCAUGUUGUACCUGUCCCUUAGUAAAUGACUGUCCACAAACAAUAA